AUGUCUUCUACCGCAGGCCGCUCAUCAGCGGAAUCAUCAAAGGCCUCCAAACCACGCUCAAAGGGUCCGACCACCCAGGUCAAGUUCGGAGAUCAGAAAGUCGAUGUACCCAAAGGCGGUUACAAUGACCGUUACCGCAUGAACCCAAACCUGGACGAGGUAGCCCGCGACCCUGCCGUCGGACCCGAAAUUGACUUCUUCCGGAAUAUCCCAAAGAAGCUGGUAGAUUCGAGGGUCGGUGAGGUAUACGCGCCCAACUUCUAUUAUCGCACUAAAAGUGUCCAACUCCUCUUCCUCGCGCCCCUCGGCCGCUUGCAGUCCAAGCUCCCAUCGCCUUUGGAGCCCAUCACGGCGUUCCCCGGUUACGGUCUGGUCGCGUUGACGUUUUACUCGUACCUCGUCUGCGACAACGAUCCUUACAAUGAGGUCUCGAUCGCCGUCAUCGUCCGUCAGCCGGGUGAAGUUAGUUACAGUAUGACCCAACUGCUCAGUUCCAUAUGGAACCGAACCUUCUACGGAUAUGUGUUGGCUCUACCCGUCGAUACCGAGAUCGCUCGAGUACGAGGUGUAUACGGAUACCAAUUGCCCAAAUGGCUCGCCAACAUCAAUUUGGAGAUGGACGAUGACAACAUCAAGGCCGACAUCACCGCGACCGAUGGAACACCCGAUUUGACGCUGGAGGUACCCCUUCCAGUUCUGAAGACCUUCCCGUCGGAAUCUUCGAUCGGGACCAACAACGCGAUCAACAAGAUCGACGGGAAAUGGCACAAGGUGGCAGUCCAGACGAACCCACUCCUCGCGGCACAAUGUCUUUUCCCUAGGAACGUCAACCUCUCUCGGGGCGACGGUCCAUUGAGUAAACUGCUGAACGAAUUGGGCGUUUGGACCAUCCUACGGAUGGAUGUCCUCAAGGAUGCGCAAAUGGUCUUGAACAUGCCCACACCGUUGAAGGCGUUCGAUUAA